AUGCAAGUCCUGACUAUAUUGAUUCUUGGGCUGUUCGCUAUUUGCGCUAUCGAUAGCAAGAUCAUAUACGAUAAAGCUCUGACCGCAAGUCUGCGAGACAUAUCUGACGACGAUGAUUUCGUUAUUGUGGUGUCCGACAUCAAAAGCAAGAAGAAAUCUUCCCUGGUUGACACUUUGCUAGCCCUGAGAUAUGAGAACUCGCGGAAUAAAAUAAAACUGAUACACGAGCGAUGGACAAAUCGCGUUUUAUUGGAAAAUUUUGGAGAAAAGAAUCGUCAAAAAAAUAAAAACAUCAAUAUGGACAGCCUCGGUGUGGACAUCCCACAAAUGAGUAUGAUCAUUUUGGUGCAUCAGACACAACCUAAUUCUCGUUUGGAUGUGUACGUCGAUUGUAUUUAUGAAGGCUCGAUACCAUUCCAGAAGACUUUCCGCGAUGUAUUCCAGGACAAAUCCAGCCCGAAGCUGAAAAUAUUUAGAGAAGAACAAUGCUCGGUGAAAAUGUAUCGCACCGCAACGAUCACCGACGCUUUACGGAAAGAGAAGUGUCCCGACGACCCUAAAAAAAAACCGAGCAGACAGAAGAAGACCGAUCGUCCGUCAGAUGAGACCGAGUCAGGUGACGAAACAUUAGAUCAGAAAAGUGAUGAUCUAAGUUCGGACGAUGAUGAAUCUAACAACAAGAAAAAGAAACACGGUCGUCCAAGCGAUUCGCACAAGAAAAAAAACUCGCGUAAACCAGGACACGGUAGCUCACCUAAUGGAAGUGACAAAAGUGACGAAUCAACCACGUCGGAUCAAAAUGACGACUUGACGCCAUUUGAUGAUUCAUUGAAUCCUUUAAAAAAGAAAACACCUAAGAAGAGUCAAAAAGAUCGUUCGGACGAUCGCGACAAACGUCGUCCAGGAAGUGAUAAUCUAUAUGACGAUCACGACAAACCGGAUUCAAAUUAUGACUACCCGGAUGGAUCUCAAUCUUUGCACACAUCAGAAUCUGCUGAAGACAAUCGUCCCAAUAAACGGCCUAGAAAACCUGGUCGACCUAAACAUCAACCAGGAUCGAAAUUUGACGAUUCGGAUGAUGAUUAUCCGGAUGGAUCUUGGCCGCUGCAUCCUUCUGGAAAAGAUCGUCCCAAUAAACGUCCUGGAAAAUCUAGCCGACCUAAACAUCAACCAGGAUCGAAAUUUGACGAUUCGGAUGAUGAUCAUCCGGAUGGAUCUUGGCCGCUGCAUCCUUCUGAAAAAGAUCGUCCCAAUAAACGUCCUGGAAAAUCUGGCCGACCUAAACAUCAACCAGGAUCGAAUCUCGAUCCAUAUGACACAAAUGACAUAUCCGACGAUUACGAUUCUUCCCUGCCGGACGACUACGACGACUACGGAAACCCCAAACAACCUGGUGGUUAUUCUCCUGGUCGUGGACGGCCUGGUUCUUCUUUCGGUCCUACUCGACGUCCGAAUCAGACGAUGUCGCAACCUGGCAAACGACCUCAAAAAGACGACAUUCAAGGUAUAGACGGUAAAGACUGCGACACUCAAAUUGUAAGAGCUUUGAACGAUUUAAUCAAGGUUAAUAAAAAGCUCGGCCGAAAGCUGGAAGAUAAUAAACAAGAAAUUUCUUAUUUGCGUGACUUGAUCGAAAAUUCGGAGUAUCUGAAUACCGUGCAACCACAGCUGCAGCUUUCCACGUGCAACUUUAAUUCACCGUGUUAUCCCGGCGUUUACUGUCGCGACACACCGAGAGGAUCCAAGUGCGGUUCCUGUCCCCACGGCCUCACCGGAGACGGACGUAUUUGCAGCAAAAUCAUCACCUGCGCCGACCAGCCUUGCUUUCACAAUGUGCCUUGCUACGAUCUCAGCGACGGUUACAAAUGUGGCAAGUGUCCAAAGGGAUACAUUGGCGAUGGUAAAAAAUGCAAAAAGCACAAAGAUCCUUGCGAUGAUGAUCCUUGUGAUCCGCUAGUCGAGUGUUAUUUCAAACAGCGCCCGCCGUACUUUAAAUGUGGCCCAUGCCCGUCGGGAUACGUCAGCAACGGCACGAAUUGUCUCGACGAAAACGAAUGCGAGCUGACUGAACCCUGUUAUCCCGGAGUGCAAUGCGUUAAUUUGCAACCCGGAUACAAAUGUGAUCCUUGUCCGUCGGGAUACAACGGAACGGCGACGGAAGGUGUCGGUGUCGACAUGGCGGAAACGGAAAAACAAAUUUGCGAAGACAUAGACGAGUGCGAGAUCAACAACGGCGGAUGCCAUCGUUAUUCGUUGUGCAUUAACACGCCGGGAUCCUUCGAAUGUGGUCCGUGCAAGAAAAACUACGUCGGCAAUCAGACAUUUGGAUGUUACCAUCGGCAAGAUGUGUGUCCCGAUUUAACAACAAUAUGCGAUCUCAAUGCUGAUUGCGUUACCUUGUACAAAAAUCACUAUGGAUGCAAUUGUCGCGUCGGUUGGGCCGGAGACGGAUUCACUUGUGGCGUUGACACCGAUAACGACGGUAUUCCAGAUUCCAGUAUCCUUUGCUCAGCUCGUCAAUGUCGCGCCGACAAUUGUCUCCAGGUACCGAACGCGGGACAGGAAGACUACGAUUUGGACGGAAUCGGCGACGCUUGUGACGACGACGCCGACGACGACGGCGUAUUGAACAAAAACGACAAUUGCAAGCUUACGCAUAAUUCGGAUCAGUUGGACAGCGAUCAAGACAAUAUCGGCGAUGCCUGCGACAAUUGUCCGUUUAUCAGUAAUCCGAAACAAGAGGACACCGAUAAGGAUGGCACAGGCGACGCUUGCAGUGACGACAACGAUAACGACGGUGUUCCGAAUUCUGUCGACAACUGUCCCGUGGUGAUAAAUUUCAAUCAGAUCGACACCGACAACGACGGUGUCGGCGACGCUUGCGACAAUUGUCCGACCAUAAGCAAUUCCGAUCAGGCGGAUCGUGACGCCGAUCAUGUCGGAGAUAUGUGCGACAACGACAUUGAUUCGGACAGAGAUGGUGUUCAGAACGACAGAGACAAUUGUCCGACCGAGGCAAAUGCCGGACAAUACGACAUUGAUCGGGAUGGCAUCGGUGAUGCGUGCGACGACGACAUCGACGGCGAUGAUGUGCCCAACGAGAUCGACAAUUGUCCUUUCGUGUACAAUUCGGAUCAGUACGAUUUUGAUGAUGACGGCAUCGGCGACGUGUGCUGGAACGACAACGACAACGAUACUUACAUCAAUAUAAUUGACAAUUGUCCGAACAACAGUCAAAUAUGGAGUACAAACUUCUACAACUAUAAGACGAUUGCUCUCGAUCCAUUCCAAGAUACGCAGAUAGAUCCGGCAUGGAUAGUUCUUAAUCAAGGCGCUGAGAUACGGCAGAUUUAUGACAGUGAUCCUGGAAUCGCGGUCGGUCCGCACGAGUUUACGGGCGUCGACUUCGAAGGAACAUUCUACAUCGAUAAUCACGACAACGACGACGAUUUCGUGGGUUUUCUUUUUUCUUACCAGAAUAAUCGACGCUUCUACCUUGUUAGCUGGAAAAAGGGUCACCAGAUGUACUGGGGUGCACAGACCUCAUUCAGAUACAAACCCGAGGCCGAUCCUGGAAUUUAUCUAAAACUCGUCGAAUCCACAACCGGACCGGGCGAAUAUCUCAGGGACGCUCUCUGGCACAAAGAAAGCGUUGAAAAUCAGACGAAAGUUCUGUGGAAAGAUCCGUUGCAGUUACCAUGGGAGCCAAGAGUGCCGUACAAAUGGUACUUGAUACACAGACCAAGAAUCGGUCUGAUAAGAUUGUGGCUGUAUCGGGACCAGAAAGUUGUCACCGACUCAGGAAACAUCUUUGACUCGACUCUACAAGGCGGCAAAGUCGGUCUUUUUUGUUUCUCACAAGAAUUGAUCACCUGGUCUAAUUUACAUUACAGUUGCAAAGAAAAUCUGCCUACAUUGAUGUGGGAAAGCUUGCCUGAUAAUUUAAAGCCACUUAUCGAGGAGGAGCCCUUUGUACCGUCCGCCAACAGCAACCCACAAUUAAACAACCCAUGA